AUGGGGCCUCGGCAGCGCUCUCCUGCUGCCGCCUUCUGCACUGGAGCCUUCAUGCAGGGUUCCAUGCUGAGGCCACGGGUCAGACACCUGUACAUCUGCGAUUUCCACAAAAACUUCAUCCAGAGCGUACGGAAUAAAAGGAAGCGCAAGACCAGCGACGACGGCGGGGACUCUCCCGAGCACGACGCCGACGUGCCCGAGACCGUCAGCCGCCACUUCAGGAACAUCCCCGUGAACGAGAAGGAGACGCUGGCCUGCUUCGUCUACACCGUGAAGAGCAGCCGGGGCCGGCUGGACCCCAAGCCCGAGGGCGGCAAGCAGCUGGAGUGAGGCGGCGGCGCGUGCCGCGAGGCUGGACCCCAGCAGCCCCGGAC